AUGAGUGUGGAUAGCUUGGGCCUACUCAACAUAUCUCAGGGUCACAGCAAUGUACUCUGGGGUACUCGCAGGGGUCCAACCUUGCGCCGGCAGAGGGAAUUUAUGCCAGAAGAGAAGAAGGACACAAUUUACUGGGAGAAACGGAGAAAGAACAACGAGGCAGCCAAGCGGUCUCGGGAAAAGCGACGUCUCAAUGAUGUGGCCAUUGAAGGCAGACUGGCCAUGUUGCUGGAGGAGAAUGCUGUACUAAGGGCUGAGCUGCAAGCACUCAAACUUCGAUUUGGCCUUUUGCCUUCCUUAUGUGGUUCCCGGAUGUUGCUAUGGAAAUCUUCCAGGACUGGGGACUCUCAUUCAGGGGCUGACUCAUUCUUACCUUUGCCUGGUAACCAUGGCUGCCUGUUCAAACCCUAUGCUGUGGAUUCUGGGAUUCCAGGCUGCUCAGGCUGUCUGGUGGCUCAAGGGUGUGAGGGCUUAGCUGCUUCCCCCAGGUUCUUGCAGGAAUCACAGCCUCUAUUUCCCCGGAUAGUUGACAGGACCUUACACACUUCCUUCCCAGCUGCUAUCUUUGGUUGCCAUUUCCUAGAUGGGCAUGUGAGGGACAGACCAGAGCUAAAGCCUUGUUGUGGUCUGUUGUCAUCUGUGCCCACUGGAUCCUGUGCGCCCUCAGAUAUAUCAAUGACAUCCCCUGAGAAUUCUCUGGGAUUUUCUCCUGGUAUGACCUGCCCUGUCCCAGGUGACAGGUCUGAAGGUCUGGCUCAGAUUUCCCUGCCUCACAAGCUCCGCAUCAAAUCCCAAGCCUCAAGUAGGUUAUGUUGA